AUGGCAAACACCAAGACCUCCUCAAAGCCUCCAGAUUGCCACAUCUGCGACGACGAAGACACCAACCUCGCCAAGCCUCUCGACAGCCACGCCUGCUACGACGCCGAGAAGCAGGUCAACCGAUGCUGUAGAGAAUGCUGGGAGCAUUGGUUCGCGUCUCAGGUCGAGACUGUGCCGUGGUAUGAGAUCCGGUGCAUGUUCUGUCCGACGGAUUUUGGACCGGCUGAGAUGAAGAAGCUGGGAGCUCAUGGCGACACUUUGGCCAGGUACUUCAAGAAGAAGACCACAGUCAACGAGUUCAAGUGCCAGAAUCGUUGCCAGGGGACCGAUACCAUCGCUCAGCCAUUCGAUCGCGAGAAAGACGGCCGGGUGUUCACAUGCAACAAGUGCAACUUCCAGACUUGCGUCGAUUGUGAUCGUCCAGAGCAUCCAGAGAAGACAUGCGAGGAAGUCCAAGCCGCUGUCCGUGCCGAUCCAGCUGAAGCCGCCACGUCUGCGAAGUUCCUCAUGUGUCCACAAUGCCGAGUCACUUGCAAGGUCGCGAAGGGAUGCGGAUAUACCCAGUGCGUAGGAGACGGAAUGAUUGGCGGGUGCGGUCAUCGGUUCUGCGGUCAUUGCCUGGUCAGCUGGGUGGGCGAAGGCAGUGCGUACGCUCUCGGGCAAAUAGCGCAUGCGGUUGGCUGCAAGUACUACAAUCGCCUACUGGACAGUGAUCACAACCUCUCGCAUCGCUUUCCGCGCAGUGACGAGGCUCAGAAGGAGGUUGAUGCAAAGAAGGAGCGGAAGAAGCAGACGGCAACGGCAAAGAAAGUCGGAGGAAAUGCGAACAAGGUGACCAAGGCGACGAGCGCCAGGAAGACGGCGAGAGAGGGAAGGAAGUCGAAGACCGCAAGCUCUGCGUGGACGUUGGUAUGA